ACCCGUUCGGCGGCGCCGUGAGACGGCAGCGCGUUACCGGGUAACGGCAACAUGGCGUCCACCGCCACAGCGGGCGCAGGGGAGCAAGGAGGGGACGUGGAGGAAGGCGGCAGCGGUUUGGGGAGGAGGCGCCCACCUCCCAUCUCCUCUCUGUCUGCCUUUAGCUACAUCCCUGCCCGGCGGGAAGGCCCCGCGGAGCUCAGCUACUUCCACCGGGUGGCCCAGACAGGAGGAGUUUCCACUUAUGAUUCCAUUUUUAAAAGACCAGAAGGUUACAAUGAAAAAAUUCACCGAUGUGAUAGAGAACAUGCAAGGAGUCGUGGUCUUAACAUUAAUGAUGAGGAAAUGGCAAGACCUGUCGCUGUUUUGUCAUCUUCAGAGUAUGGGAGACACAGAAGUAAGCACACAGAGCAGCUGAUCCGAAGUCAUGCAAGGAUUAAUUGUGUGCAGGCAGAAUUCUACAGGAAAAAUGGCAUUACCUGCUUAUUGGAAAAACCUUCUCCAAGACUGGAUCCAUGCUAACAUUGCCAGCAACAUUUGUGUGCAAAGAUACGUUCAAAAUGCA